CGCUUUAUAUAGACGUUUUUUGACUGUCACGCUCGGAACUUCAAAAAGUUCCACCAAGUUCCAUGGAUUUUCAUUGGCUCUUGCUUAAUAGUAUGGCUUUAGCAUAUGGCUCAAAGGGACUAUCAAGAAAGGAAAGGAAAGGGGGUGUGCUUGGUGGUCAUCCAAACAAAUGUGCUGCGGCGGUAGUGGUACGUGUCUCUCACCAUGGGCAGCUGUACCUCCGAUGCUGUCGCCGCUUGGUUGUGAGAGGUCCGUGCACGGCACCGUGUCAAGCGAAAACAAAGACACGAAUGCGAAUGAUGAACAGUGAGAACACAAUCCACCCAGCAGCCAGUUUACAUUCCUUCAGCCAACAGGGCAAACAGCUACGUAAUGUUAUGUGUGUGCGGAAAAAGAUGCCCCCAUCGCUGCACUAUAUAAAACAGACCCGUUAUCUUUUAUGUUUAACCGUGCUCGUCAAACUGUUGCUUUACCAUUUCGCUAUCCGCCAACAGUUCUCUGAACCACGCCGUGUAACCUCCUCCCUCCAUCCUCCAUCCCGGUUGAUGCUACUACUAAAGUUCUAUCCUCCAUCCCAAGUAUAUGCUGCUGCAGAUAAGUUGGCCCGCUCAUAGAUAAGUAUCCGCUGCCGCUAGUGAAUUCGACUCAUCCUUCAUUGUUUUCCAUUGCUGCCGAUAAAGUAAAUCGGUUCGUUUGUUUUCGUGCGGUUCUACGUUCUUUUAAAGCAGCGUUUAAGUUCCUUUGGG